AUGAAAUAUAUGAAAUUUGUGAAGUUGAUGAAAUUUGCGAAGUUAUACAUCAAAAAAAAGAGCAAGCUAAAGAAACGAGAGAUAAACCUAUAAAAAUAGUUCAGGACAACAUUAUUAAUACACCUGAAGAGUUUCGUCCAUAUAUCCCUUUAUUAAAUACCUUGCAUAGAACGAUUAAUCAUGUUCAUCAAGUAGAUUUAUUACCUCAACUACAACAUAUUACUGAAUUAAAUGUGCCAGAAUCACUUAGAUCUACUUUAAAUGGCAAUUUGUUUUUAAUUAAAGAUCAAACAAAAGAAAAUGAAUUAGAGUUAACUCCAACAAGAAUUAUUAUGAAUUUUGAGUUCACAGCUAUUAAUAUGUCACGUUAUAUAUUUCCUGAAGCAGAGAAACUUGUUUGUUGGUUUGAAGAAACAUAUAUGCUUGGUAAAGCUCGUUCAGAUAUAGAAAGUGACCAUAUCAUUCGUAUUGCUCCUCUUUUUCCACCCCAAUUGUGGUUAGUAUACGAUUCUGUGGAUAUUGGUAUUCCAAGAACUCAGAACGUAGUUGAAGCUUGGUACCACUGUUGGGCAACACUAGUUG